AAGAAACAGAGAAAUUAGAGAGUGAUUGUUAGAGCAAAUUAGAUAGUGAAAGUAGUUGUCACACCAAAAAAAAAGGUAGUGGAAAGUAGAAAGUGAUUGAUAUUUGAUAGAGCAAAUUUUUACUCUUAUUUUCUUUAUGUGCUUUAUUCAUUGAUGAGAGGAAACAUUUUCCCACUUCAUUUCCACUGUUUGGUUAACCAGUCACAACCAUGAUAUAAAGCUUGGUCGACAAAAUAAACGAUGGUAACCACACAUUUUUUACAAAGACCUUGACUUUGUAUGCCAAGAGUAAACGAAAGUGAUCACACAUGUCAACAUUAUUUCUACUUGGUUUUUUUUUUCUUAUAAACGAGGAGGUACUUGCCUUGUGUUUGAGUUUCUAUCAUUUACUUCUGUUUUUUUAAUCUUAUUUUACAAUGAAAGGGAAGCUUUUCUUGGAAAUACACUUGAUAUGGGUAAUGUUAAUGUUGGGGCAGCUACAUGGAUACAAAAGUUGUGUUGAGAACGAAAGGAAAGCUUUGUUGGAGCUCAAGACAUACCUGGUCUCAAUUAGUGAAGAAGGGGAAUCUGACUAUGUUCUCCCUACUUGGACUAAUGACACAAAGAGCAAUUGCUGCCGGUGGGAGGAAAUUAAGUGCAAUCGUACAAGCGGACGGGUGAUCAGGAUUUCCUUUGGUGGGUUGUACCUCAAAGAAAGUCCUCUACUAAAUCUCUCUUUGCUGCAUCCGUUUGAAGAGGUCCGAAGUCUGAACUUAACUGGGUACGGAUUCAGUGGCUUGUUUGAUGAUGUGGAAGGUUAUAAAGGCCUAAGGAGGUUAAAAAAACUUGAGAUUCUGGAUUUCUCAUUAAAUGAAUUCAACAACAGCAUCUUUCCGUUUCUUAACGCGGCGACAUCACUUACAACUCUUUCUCUUCAGAAUAACGUAAUGAAAGGCCCUUUACCUGAGCUUAAAGAUUUGACAAACUUAGUACUGCUGGACCUAAGUAGUAACAGGUUUAAUGGCUCCAUACCAGUACAAGAGUUAUCUGCCCUGACAAAGCUGAAAGUUCUGGAUUUAAGUGGUAAUGAGUUUUCUGGCUUGAUGGAUUUGCAAGGGAUUUGUGAAUUGAAAAAUAUGCAAGAGCUCGAUCUCAGUAAAAACAAACUUGUAGGUCAGUUUCCUUUAUGUUUAACUAGCUUGACUGGACUUCGUGUUCUGGAUCUCUCAUCAAACCUGCUGACUGGGAUGGUACCAUCUGAUCUUGGUAGACUUGAAUCCCUUGAGUACUUAUCGCUGUCUGAUAACAACUUUGACGGCCUCUUCUCUUUUGGUUCGCUCACCAACCUCUCAAAGCUUAAGGUUUUCAAAAUUUAUUCAAAAUCCAACUUACUUCAAGUAGAGUUUGAAAGUUCUUAUAAACCAAAAUUUCAGUUGAGUGUUAUUCUAUUACGAUCUUGCAACUUGGAGAAGGUUCCUCAUUUUCUUCUACAUCAGACGGAUUUGCGUCAAGUUGAUCUCUCUGAAAAUAAAAUUUCUGGCAAGUUUCCUUCAUGGCUGUUGGAGAACAACAAGAAACUCGAGGUUUUGCUUCUACAGAAUAAUUCUCUUACGACAUUUCACCUACCGAAAUCUUCUCAUAACCUGCUUUUCCUGAAUGUGUCAGUUAAUGCAUUCAAUCAUCUGUUUCCAGAAAAUAUUGGGUGGAUACUUCCUAGUUUACGGUAUAUGAAUCUAGCUAAUAACGGUUUUCACGGAAAUCUGCCAUCUUCUCUCGGUAACAUGGAAGAGAUUGAAUAUCUUGAUCUAUCUCACAACAAAUUCCAGGGGAAGGUACCAAGAAAUGUUGCAAGGGGUUGUUAUUCCAUGACAACCUUGAAGUUGUCACAUAACAAACUAAGUGGAGAGAUAUUUCCAGAAUCAGUACACUUUACUGAUAUAACUACGCUGUCUAUGGAUAAUAAUCAGUUUACAGGAAAGAUUGGACGAGGUUUGCGGAGCUUGGAAUACUUGUAUAUGCUUGACAUAUCGAACAACAAUCUCACAGGUGUUAUUCCAAGUUGGUUUGAUGAACUUCCAUCCUUAUCUGCACUACUGCUAUCAAACAACUUGUUGGAAGGUGAAAUACCUAUUUCUUUGUUCAAUAUGUCUAGUCUUUGGAUAUUGGACCUUUCUGCAAACAGUUUAGUCGGGGACAUACCUCCACGUGUCAGUUCUAGAACUCCAAUAGUGUUACUCCUGCAUGAUAAUUAUCUAUCAGGGGUCAUUCCAGACACAUUGCUAGGAAAUGUCACCAUACUUGAUCUGAGAAAUAACAGGUUGUCUGGGAAUAUUCCGAAGUUCAUCGACACACGAAUCAUUAGUAUUCUGCUUCUACGGGGGAAUAAUUUAACAGGCUGCAUCCCCCACCAGGUUUGUGGCCUCAGAAGCAUCCACCUUCUGGAUCUUGCUAACAACAGAUUGAAUGGAUCCAUACCUUCAUGUCUUAGCAACACAUCAUUUGGUUUGGGGAAAAAGGAUACAUUCUAUGGUUAUGAUACCGGCGUUAUUUCGACUUCCGCAGAAAAUGACCGGGUAUAUUUCAAAUCUCUGCUUGUGCUAGAUCCGUUUAGUAUGGAAUACGACGCCAACACCCAGACGAAAAUUGAAUUUGCAACAAAACACAGAUAUGAUGCCUACAUGGGUGGAAAUCUCAAAUUACUGUUUGGAAUGGAUUUCUCAGAAAAUGAGCUGAGUGGUGAGAUCCCAGUAGAGCUUGGAGGUCUUCUGGAACUACAAGCUCUCAAUCUUUCUCACAACAACUUAUCAGGAGUGAUACCCGAAAGCUUCUCACGUUUGGAGAAUGUGGAAAGCCUUGAUCUCUCCUUCAACAUAUUACAUGGCCGGAUACCACCACAACUAACAGAUCUGAGCAACCUCGCUGUGUUCAAGGUCUCAUACAACAACUUGUCAGGAGUCAUUCCACAUGGAAGACAGUUUAACACCUUCGAUACACAAAGCUACUUAGGUAAUCCUCUUCUCUGUGGACAACCAACCAACACGAGCUGCAACAGCAAUAACUUUCAAGAACCAGAUACUGAAGUGGAAGAUGAUGAAUCUUUCAUUGACAUGGUGUCUUUCUACUGGAGUUUUGGUGCAGCCUAUGUGACAAUACUUCUUGGGAUACUCGCAUCUCUCUCAUUUGAUUCUCCUUGGAGCAGAGCGUGGUUCUACAUCUUGUAUUCUUUCAUCCACAAGGUUAAGAAUUUGUUUGGUAAAACACUGUAGGUGCCAAAUGCUUCUUAUGUGCUAGUUUCAUUCUCGUCCCCAUCUGUUGUUGUUUUCUUCUCAUACCUCUUUUGUUUUAAAAAAAAAACAGGCUCUUUACUGUCUUUUGUCUUUGAAUAAAUGUAAUGCCUUCAAAAAAUAUGAAUUGAAUGCUCUAGUUGGGCUAUGUUUUCCUAA